UGCCACACUUUGGGGGUUGGGGGUCUGCUGUAAGAAACAUUCUGCUGUGUUCAAAACACUUUUGAGGGAUAUCCAGCAUGAAGCUAGAAAUUGCUGUUCUCCUUGUUUUUCAGUUAGGAGCACUUGCUGUGGAAGAAUCUUGUGAUGGACGCUGUAAUUUGGGAUUUGAGUUACAGAAGAAGUGCCAGUGUGACUCCAUGUGCAAGUACUACCAGAGCUGCUGUACAGAUUAUGACACGGCUUGUACGACCAAAGUUACCCGUGGAGAUGUGUUCCAUGUCUCAGAGGAUGACUAUGACUACAACGAUACAGAUGCCUCUUCUGAAAUUGCUCCAUCUUUGUCCCUGAAGCCCUUCUCUUUCAAUAAUAGUUCAAAACAGCCAGAUUUGGAAAUGACUCCCAGUUUCUCCUUUCCACAAACUACAACCACUGUCAAACCAAAAGAAUACUUUCCAGUAUUGCCUGAUACACAAGAGAUAACAUGCAAUGGAAAGCCCUUUGAUGCUUUUACUCAAAUGAAGAAUGGAUCAAUUUAUGCUUUCCGAGGGGAGUAUUUCUAUGAGCUAGAUAAAAAAGCAGUGAAACCAGGGUACCCAAAGAUGAUCAAAGAUGUGUGGGGAAUUGAAGGGCCUAUUGAUGCAGCCUUCACACGGAUCAACUGCCAAGGCAAGACCUACAUCUUUAAGGACAAGGAAUAUUGGCGUUUUGACGAUGGGGUUUUGGACCCUCGGUAUCCCAGAAAGAUUUCAUCUGGAUUCUCUGGUAUCCCAGACAAUGUGGAUGCAGCAUUUGCUUUACCAGCAAGCAACUAUUACUCGAAGGAGAAAGUCUACUUCUUUAAAGGUGACUACUACUAUGAGUAUGCUUUCAGAAAUCAGCCCUCACAAAAAGAAUGCGCAGAAAAGGAACCAUCUGCACUAUUCUCUUACUAUGCCAGUCUGCACUUCAAUGGAUGGGAUGACAUUUUUUCCUCCCUUUUUCAUGUUCACACCUCCUCUAUAAGCCCUCGUUUGAUCAGUAGGGACUGGAUUGGUAUUCCCGGACCAGUGGAUGCUGUGAUGGCCGGGCGGCUCUAUGUGACACCAAAGUCCCAAACGUCAAGCUCCAGAAGGCGUUCCAAAGGAAGACGAAGGCAAUCUUACAAAAAGAGGAAAAUGAGGAAGCAGAGAUCAUUAAUUGACAGUUUUCUUUAUGAUGAUUUCAUUGACGAGGAUCUGGAUUUUUCAUGGAUGUCCCCCUUCCAAAAUCAAAAUCAGGACAGACAAAGUCGUAACAGGAAUGACAAACGGAGCUGGAAGCAGCAGCAAAAGCAACAGCAGCAACAGCAACGGCAGCAGCAGCGCGAGCAUGACUAUGAUGGAUAUGAUUACCUGGACUUCCUUGACCUUCUCUAUUCAGAUCAAGACUGGCCAUCAAGGAUGGUGGAUGUAUGCCAGCCUAUUCAGAAUGUGUUCUUCUUCAUUAAAGAUCAAUAUUAUCGGGUUAACCUUCUGACGAAGAUGGUGGAUAUGGUAUCUCCCGCCUACCCAAGACCUAUUUCUAAAUACUGGCUUGGCUGUCGAGAAAUUGAAGAAGCUGAAAAGAAAUGAAACAAAAUAUCAAAGCCCAUAAUUGUACAAUACAUAGCCGCAGAUCCAGAGGAGCUUUGCACCUGAAUUUUUUUAAAAUCACCUUUCUACAGAAUAAAAACACACAAUUUUAAACUAAUACAAGUUAGCUUAAUAAAUGUUUAGUUCCUGAAGAUGUAUGAAUGAAAUCAUUGUAAUUCACCAUAAAGUUUUCUCAUCUGUAUGCAACAUUUUAAAAAUAAAGUAAUGAUAAAUCAUUCUUUAAAAAUGUUAUCAGCUUUCAAUUUUCUUCAGUGAAGAAAGACCUCGCUGUUCCAGUGUUCUCCACCACUAAGUGACUCGCUGUAUUAAAUGUUUAAACUACAAUAAAAAAGUCAGUUUACA